AUGGGACGACUAGUCGUUGCCCUUCUAGUGGGGUUGACUGUACUGUGGGCACCACGAACGAAUGCUGCUGACGUGUGCACGGACCCGCGUCAAACGUGCGACCUCAACACGGCCUGUGCGCUGGACGCCGCCCAACUGCCCACUGGCAUGAAAUCGUUUUGUGCGCUCAGCACGACGGUGUCGCCUUGCAAGCAGUGCACGGGGUCUGGGCAGAACUGUUUCAACGCGCCUGAAUGCCAAGACUCGAUGUUUCUGUGCAACUACCUCACGGCUGCCCAAAAAGCGGCCCUGGCUCCGGCCCACCCGUGUUUGAAUGUGCCGUGCCAAUUGAACACCAACAGCCCCUCGUGCACCAACUCGGUGUACCAGUAUUGCUGUGUCCCUGGGUCCCCCAACUGCACCAACGCUGCACCCACGCCGUGUACCCCCAGCGGGUGCAGCUCGUUCAUGACGGGCACUUCCGCGACGGUCGAGUACACCAAAGUCGCGUGUCCGUUUGGCGACAGCGCGUUCACGUGCACGCACCCCGAGUGCAACAACACGUACAUCUACCAAGAUAUUGUCAACACGUUCGCCGCCAACCAG